CGUCGGGCAGAUGAACAAGACGAACAGGUGUGGCGACGUGACAACUAGAGCUACCAUGCUAGUUGUGGAGCGCGACUGGCGUCAAGCAUGUGGCCACCAAGACCUUUUCUGCUUGCAAAUUCCGAUUGCGGAAAGUUCGUCCUUGCUGCACCGAGGAACAGGAGAAAGUCCGAGCAAGGUCUGCUGAUUGUUGUUAUGAGUCAGCCGUGACGUCAAGAUCAACACCAAUUAAGUACUUAGAACUGCGAUAACGAUCCUUAGACAUCUCUGCAGUUGCAGUUGUUCCUUCAGCAGUGUCUAGAUCGAUGAUGCGCGUGGGCGAAUCUAGAAAAUGAUAAUUAAGCGAGUCUUUAUUCUACUCAUACUUUAUUUUCUGAUCCUUGCUGGCAAGUUUAAAAGAUCAUCUUUCUGACUGCGAAAUGCUGGCUAAUGUGAAAGUUUUAUUCUAAAUGAAUAGUGAAGCAAGCUGAUCUUUCCGGUUCUGGGAGGCUCUAGUACUAAAAAUGAUCAAAAAUUAUCGUUCCUCAUGAUGUUGAUAUUGUUUUAAUGUUUAUGUGACUUUUUAGAAAAAAUUGAUGAUUUUUUCGUGUUCCACGACUACGUCCAGGAUAAUUCUACUUGGCUUGAGACCACUACGUCGGCAUAAUUAAUUGUUUCUACAGCUUUUUUUAUUAAUGGAACAAUUCCUUUGAUUCUUCUUGCGACCGCAACCAAGCAUGAUUGUUGAUUUUACGCUAUUGAUUUUGGUCCUAUAGUUCCCGUACUAGGUAGAACAAGAAGGUUCGUUUGGUGUCUAAAUUCUUUGAGAUAUAGACAAGAAGGUAAAAACUAGAAAAAUGGUCGAGGUUGGUUUAUUUGUACGCGAGUGCUGUAUGUACUUCGAGCAACUUGGCGAGGCUGACAGGGAAAAGUUGUUGCAGCGGCUUGAAAGUAUCCAUCUCGACAAAAAGAUUAAGGAGAACAAUGACGCCAGUGGCAGCAAAAUGAAUGGAGCAGCGACAGCACCAGGCCCAGGUGGAGGUGGUAGUUCGUCGUCUUCUUCAGCAUAUUCAGCACCGUCCCUGCUAGGACACGGAAACAUUGUGAGUUUUAUGUCGGAGGAAGAAGGGUCCUCGCUGCUCACAAGGAACGACUGCGUGAACGGCGAAAACUACGACACUUACUGCAAGAAGGUGCGCACGUGGCUGUCCCUGAUUGCGCCCGAUAUCGAGAGGCGGCAAAUCGACAAAGCCGCGAUCGCAGCGGGUACCUACCGAGACUUGACGCAGGACCAGAUGGGCGCUUUCGAACGCAUCUUUCGGAGAGACGCAGACCGAACGGUCUUACUGGAGCACCGACGCCUAAGAUUCAUCGAAACCUGCCGACUAGUUUUCCACGACGUCAGGGACUACCAUCAGGGUGGCGGCUUCAUCACGGCUUUCCUCUCGUUCUUCCUGCCAGACGAGGAGGUGGUUAAGGUACCUAAUUGAUAGAUACAAAUACUCGAGGUCUGUUAAGCCUGAAGAUACAAAUACUUGUUGAAAAAUAGUUGACUUGAAAAAGAAUAAGAAUAACUAUCAUUUAAGUAGAAAUGUUCAUCAUGUUGAUGAUGUUAAAGAUACGUGACUUUUUGACUAGUAGUGGUUUUCCCCUUCUUUCGCAGCUCUUGUAAGAAUGACGAGCGAUCGCCUCUUCCUCUCUUCUAUCGUUAUUCAUAGUGAAUCAAAUAUCAAUUACAACCACCUCAGAUUAUGUGGCAUUUGAACCGUGAGGAGAUGAAGGGGUAUUUCAAGGGCGCGGCCCAGGGUUUUGUCGCGGACAGUCGUGUUUUCCAUGUGCUGAUGCAGCAGUUCGUGCCUGAUAUCACCGCACACAUGGAGAAACACAAGAUGAACGCAGAGAAUAUGCAGAUGUGGUGCAUCAAGUUCUUUACGGGCUUGGGCGUACAUUUUAUGCCGUUCUCGUGCCUUUUCACCUACAUGGAAGCCUGCCUCACGCACGGAAGCGUUUUCUUCUUUAAAUUCGGAAUUGCGUGGCUGCAGUUUCUAGAAACACACUUGAUGCUCUGCAAGAGCACUUCCGAGCUGCAGACACUUUUGCGUACUUAUACACUCUUCUUUUAUUUGAGUAACUAGUUAUUAACGUUACUAUUUCAUCUUCUACUUUUCUUUUAGAACAAUUUGAAAAAACAUCUUCCUAGAAGAUAACCAGAAUGCAGUGGACCUGCCAAGUAUGAUUAUAGAGUUCUUAAAAUCAGGACAACUAAUAAUUCUGAUGAUGUUCUAGUAGUUCUAGUAGACAACUUAAGAACUCGUAGUUUUCAACUUUAAGCAUCUCGCUAGCACUUGAGCGAGUUUCAUACAUUCUUCAUCCAUUUAAUUAUAUUUCCGCACUACAGGUAACGACCACCCAACGGACCACUGCAAAAGUCAUCCAGCUUUAUUCAAGAACGCAGCGGAGGAGAGUGCGAUAUUUGAGGAGAUAAUCGCGAAAGCGCACCAAGUGGAUUUGAACAAAUUCGGAGACUUCGAUGCUUUGCGAAAACAGGUAGCGACGGAAUUCGAAGAGAUCAUGGAAGCGAGAAGACAGCGAAUGCAAGAGCUCGCAGCAGAGGUCGAUAACUGUGAUGACGAUUUUUCUGACGAGGAGGACUAGGAGCGCUAGCCUUGUUCUACUUGGUUGCUAUUGCUAAUUUUAACAAAAAAGAGAGGACUAAGUCCUAUUAGCUCCUUGGUUUGCAAGGGAAAAUAUCGCCACUUUCCACGCCUACUUCACCCCGCGAUGGACGAGAUGCUACCUCCUGCCCACAUAAUCAUUCCAUUUCCAAAAAAGUGAACCCUCCAGUUUUCUGCAAAAAUAUUCAAUUAU